AUGUUACUGGCGUUUCCGUAUCUCUAUGACUGGGCGACAGCGUAUCUCGAGGCUAGUCCCACGAUGACCUACAUCUCGCUAGCGCCAGGCCUCAACGAAGUCGUCACUGCCAACCCUAAGAACCUCGAGCACAUUCUCAAGACCAAUUUUGCGAACUAUCCGAAGGGUCCUAACUUCCAGACCAACUUCGAAGACCUUCUUGGCCACGGCAUAUUCAAUAGCGACGAUGACGUCUGGAGGCAGCAGCGCAAGACUGCCAGCCUCGAGUUCUCCCAGCGGUCACUGCGAGACCUCAUGAUGGUGUCAAUACAAGAAGAGCUCCUCCAGCGGUUCAUCCCUACCCUGGAAGAGGCCUCUAUGACGAGAACGCCAGUGGACCUGCAAGACAUUCUGCUGCGGUAUACCUUUGACAACAUUUGCAGAAUUGGGUUUGGUGUUGAUCCUGGCUGUCUUGAGCCGGGCCUUCCAGAAGUCCCAUUUGCGCGAGCAUUUGACGAGGCCACAAAGGCAACACUUUACAGAAACUUGAUUCCUGAGUUUGUCUGGAAGGCAUUCAGGUUCCUUCGCUUGUUUCAAGAGGGAACGCUUCACGCAGCUGUGAAGGAAAUCGACUCUUUUGCAGAAGAUGUUAUUAGAAAUCGGCGCACCGAGCUGGCAAGCGAAAAGAAACAGCAUGCAGUUGAUGGUGCUGUAACUGACCAUUCAGACAUUCUCUCCAGGAUGAUGCUUCUUGAGAAGGAUGAUGGUGGUCAGCUGUACUCCGAAAGGUUCCUCAGGGAUGUUUGCACGAAUUUCAUUCUUGCUGGAAGGGAUACUUCGUCUGUCCUCAUGACCUGGCUCUUCUGGCUGCUGACGUGGCACCCUAGCGUGGAAGAGAAGAUACUGGCGGAGGUGCAGUCAAUUGUUGCUGCUCGUGAAGGUGACAAGAGCUUUGGUGCAUUCACCUAUGACGAGCUGAAGCAGAUGAAGUAUGUGCAUGCAGCAAUUGCUGAGUCACUUCGGCUGUAUCCAUCUGUCCCAGCGGAUUUCAAGCAUGUCGUGAAGGAUGAUGUUCUUCCCGAUGGGACACACGUCAAGAGUGGUUGGCGAGUGCAGUAUGAGCUCUAUGCAAUGGGUCAGCCUCUUAAUCGACGACGCGGGGAUAGAGUUCGAGGAGGUAGGCGCGAAUUUUCCGGCGCUGUUCUCGAAGCGGAGUCGCUUCGCGAUGGCGUCGCGUCGCUCACCACGCACCGGCUGAUCUGGAUCGACGAACGGCCGGCGACAGGUGGUAACCAGAAGCGAGCUUUCGCCGUGCCCCUCGUCGCCAUCGCGAACGCUUCCGCUGCAGGGUGGCGACUCACCUCAGUUUUCGCCUCCCCUCGUGUUCGCAUGUACGUCUUACUAGACCCGCAACGCAGGGGCGGUUUUGUCAUCUUCUGCCAUUGGCAGCAGCUACAGCACGCAGAGCAGCAACUUAGGGACGACGUCAGGUCGAACCGCGUCGUUAGUAGCCGUUCUAGCCAGGCCCCUGCUGACGUGUUCUUAAAAAAACUGAACGAAGCUCUAGCGGAUAGAAAAUGGCAAGAUUCACCUUUUCCGGGGCUAGUAACACCCCCUGCUGACGCCUCCGCGCCUCUCUCCGGCCCCGCUUUUCUUGAAGCAGCAGCAGCGGUUGGCGCAUAUGGGGGGGGCGGAACGGGGGGAUCAGCAACUGGCGGAGCAAACCCUCUGUACUGGGGCAGUGGGGGGCAUGGAAGCGGGGAAAUGGGCGCAAUAGGGGGAGCAGGGGGGGCGGGGGGAGCAGGGGGAGCGGGGGGAGCGGGGGGGGGCUCCCCCGGUGCAGUUCAGCACUGCAAUGGCGGGGGUGGGGGGGAUUCUGAGGCGCGAGGCGGAGCAGAAGCAGGCCACGGAUCGCAGCCUGCAAGAAGCGUUCUCCGACCUGAAUGCGCUCAUGUCAAGCGAGAUGGUGAAACUGGCGGAGUGAAUGCGACAGAAGCUGCAGCAGCAGCAGCAGCAGCAGCAGCAGCAGCAGCAGCAGCAGCAGCAGCAGCAGCAGCAGCAGCAGCAGCAGCAGCAGCAGCAGCAGGGAGGCCCGACAGCAAGUGGGGAGAUCAACCCUUCUCUCUCUUCCUCCUCCUCUUCCUCCUCCUCCGCAUCAGCAGCAGCAGCAUCGGAGGAGCUACAGGACCUGCUACUGAAGAUGGGCAUUGA